AUGACGUCCACCACCUUCCUUUCGGCAUACGCGGUCGGUCUGGCCGCCAUCGCCAACUACGCACAGGCCCACGGUCGGUUGAUUGCCCCGCCACAUCGUGGCUACAUUGGCAAGUUGGCCCAAUUCGCUGGGAUUGUUCCGCCCGACUACGACGACCACAGUCUCAACGCCGGUGGUAUUGCGGCCACGUCUGGCGGCAAAUUCGGCGUGUGCGGCGACUCGUACUCUGGGACCCGGCAGCAUGAAACUGGAGGCACGUACGGGACAUUCCCCACCAAUGGUGCCAAAGCCAUCGGGGCCUGCUACGCUCCGGGGUCCACCGUGGACCUCCAAGUCCAAUUGAUGGCCAACUACAAGGGGUACUUUGAGUUUGGCUUGUGCAAACUGGACACGAAAUACGACAAAGAAUCCAAUGAGUGCUUUCAAACGCUGGCCCAGCCCAGCGGCGAAACGAAAUGGCAAGUGCCCCCAGGCAACGAAGUGUUUACGAUCCAGUCGGUGCUCCCCGCUGGAGUGACUUGCGAAGGCGACGCUCACUGUGUGCUUCGAUGGCAUUAUGUCGAGUGGAACAACACGGAUGUGGGCAUCGACGGCCAAGAACAGUAUUGGAACUGCGCCGACGUGUACAUUAGCAACACGUGUGGUACGGCUCCUGCACCUUGCUCAGUCGACCCCACCUACGCUCCUGCACCUAGCCCUUCCAAACGGACUGGUGCCCCGGUGCCGAUCUCUUCCAAGCCGUCCUCCACUAGCAUCCCCACCAUAUCUACCCGCCCCCAACCCACAUCGCAGGGUUCUUGUGGUACUUGCAACAACUGCUACUAUCCCGGCACGAACGCAUGUUUCAUCGGGUGGUCGGCCGCUCAAUGCGCUCAAGUUGCUGAGUACAAAUGGUGCGGACCGGCUCCUUCGUCUGCCGCCGUCUGCGGCACAUGCACCAACUGCUACUAUCCUGGCUCGAACGCGUGCUUCAUUGGGUGGUCGGCCGCUCAAUGCGCGCAAAAUCCCGCAUUCAACUGGUGCGGCGCCAAUGCAGUAUUACCGAGCACCAGCACCCCCACUACUUCUCCCAGUACCAAGCCCGUCACUCAAACCCCCAGCUAUAAGCCUAUCCCUAUCCAUUGUCCCAGCGCUAAACCCACCACAUCUCCUAUUGCCGCGUCCACGACAACAGCUGCUACUCCAGCACCUCCGUUAACUUAUGGACCUGUGCCAACCACCACCACGUCUACACCUACGGCCGCACCCAUUGCUGCUCCGACUACUGCACCCAAGACGAGUGCGGCCACAUCUGCAUCUACCACGACCACACCUGCCAAUCCGGUGCGGGAUCAAUUGAUCAGUCAACACAACAAAAUCCGAGCCGCCCACGGCAUUGGCCCCGUGACGUGGGACGAUGCGUUGGCGUCCAUAGUACAAGUUUGGGCUAGCGAGUGCCAUGGGUUUGUACAUGGGGAACCCACCGGUGGUGGGCAAAACUUGGCCAUGCAUACCCCCUGUGGCGCCAACACAACUCUCGCUUGUGACAAGGUGUUGGGGGCGUCGUGGGUUUGGUACGACAAAGAAGAAACGUUCUGGAACUACGGCAAAAACAAGUGCAACGGGGCCUGGGCCAAGUGCGGCCACUUCUCCAACAUGAUGAGUCCCGAAGUCAAGUCGAUUGGGUGCGGGUGGUCCUUGUGUGACAACGGCAAUUACGUCUGGUGCAACUACAACAACCCCGGGAUGAACCCCAAGGUGCCCCCCCUUCGUGGCAUCACCAAGCCCCAAUUGAUGGCGAGUUUAACAGUCUAG